CCGCUUGGCGUUUGACAGUCGACUGGACCGUAUCAAACAAUUGUUUCGGAGCGUUGUGUUUACGCUAAAAUAGUACUAAUCAUUUAUCUAAUGUCGUCGAUUUUGCGCGAAAAACAGGAAAUGGAACAUCUGGAGUGGACGCCAGAAGAGGAGAUACAACUUUUUCUUGCUAUGGAAGGCGUCCGGCCGGUCGGUAUCAACAGACAUUUCUUCAUGGCUUGCAUCGUGGAACGAUUGUCGAAAGCGCUGCAGCGAGAAAUCGCUAGCGACACAAUCUGGUCGCACCUUCGCACGCUGUACAAUUUAAAAACGCUGGACGAGCUGGAACCGGUACCUUUUGCUAAUGACGAAUGUGACUUCUGUCUGCCGGAAUCAGAUUUUAGUGCUGCUUUUGCGAAACGACGACUAGAAGACUCGGAACGUGGUGCUGCUGUUACGCUAGCUGCGGAGCACGAAUCGAAAAAGAUAGAAACUAAAUCAGAAACUACCGGUACGAAAACGUGUGCUUCCAGAACACCAACGCCGUCUUCGCGGCAAGAUAGUAAAGAUGUGGAAAAGGAAGAGAAAGACUUUAAGGAACGUGGUGAAAUAGGAACCACAAAAAUUAAGCUCAAAAGCUAUGAUAACAUCGGAACACAUGAUAAUGGUCCGAAACGGUCACAGAAACGGACCCGCGGUUCGAUGUCCACCGAGCCCGGUGUUUCUAAUGCAUCCAGUCCAGCAAACACACCGCCAAAUGGACCAAAUACGAAACGUCGGCGAAUUUAAUUGGAAGACGGUACAAGGCAGAUGUUUCAAUGGAAGUUGGUAGCCGUAUCAUGUAAAUGUCAUAAUCUUCAGUUGCUCGAUACUAAUUUCUAUAGUGCGCCUUGUAACGCAUGUUAAAAGAAAGUGUCAGUAGCACAAAAAGAUAACAUCGGAAUGUAAUAAUGUUUCUGAUAGCCAGGAACUGGAAAUCUUUCCAACUACUUUAAAAACCGGUUAAAUCAGAUUGGAUUUGUGGUGAAAAGAUUAUUCAUUCCUUCUCAACGAGGGUACGCUCGAUGUGUGAAAGGCUACCGUUUGAGCCAUAAUCAACAAUACGAAUGUUGGCAUUGUUGAGUUUCCGUCGUUAUCCGACGUCGCGCGUCAUCCAAAUAUGUACAAAUUCAUGACAUCAGAGAGAUAGAUCUAUCAUCAACACCUUAAUCUAAGCCUCGAGAUGCAACACCAACGGAACAGAUGUCUAUUAUGUGAAGAUCUUAGGACUUAACCACACGGGGCGCUGUAGCAUUUUCUAGCAUUUUCUGCUCAGGAUUUCCACAAAUAAGGGCAACAAAGUGGCAACAGCAAAGGCAAAAUGAGUUAGUUGUAAGUGCUGAGAAAUACGAAAUACUAUCUUUUAAUUUACCUCACAAUGUGUAAAUAGGUUUUCGAUGCUAAUAUGAAAUACAAACAACGAAUGAAUAACAAAGAAA